GGGGACGCGGCCCCGGCGUGCGAGCAUGCCGGGCCGGGAGGAGGGUUUGCUCGGCUGGGCCGGGGGAGGUUCACACUGAAGUUAGAGCUGGAGACAGAGGAAGAGGGAACGCUGCCGGAAGCGGCGGAGGCGCUGGGAGCCCGCGGACAGCAUGUAGCUGGGUGACAGCGACUGGAGCGCUACGCAUCCGCGAUCAGUCUGCCUCGGGUGCUGAGGGGCUGGUGCCUCUCAGAGUCCGGAGCCUCUUCUGGGAGGCGGAGUGGGGAGCGGCAGCUGCGCCUCGUCUCUGCUCUUCCCCGCUCUCCCCUCUGUCUCCGGCGCCGUCCAUCGGCGCGGCCCUCCCUCAGCCGCUCGCCCCUUCACCGCCGGCCGGGGGGCUGCGGCCGCUGCCAUGGGGCUGCCCACGUUGGAAUUCAGCGACUCCUAUUUGGACAGCCCGGAUUUCAGGGAGCGCCUGAAGUGUCACGAGAUCGAGCUGGAGAGGACGAACAAGUUCAUCAAGGAGCUGAUUAAGGACGGCAGUCUCCUCAUCGGAGCCCUGCGAAAUUUAUCCAUGGCAGUGCAAAAAUUUUCACAGUCUUUACAAGAUUUCCAGUUUGAGUGUAUUGGAGAUGCUGAAACUGAUGAUGAAAUUAAUAUUGCCCAGUCACUGAAAGAGUUUGCUCGGCUUCUGAUUGCUGUUGAAGAGGAGAGGAGACGACUGAUCCAGAAUGCUAAUGAUGUGCUAAUAGCACCGCUGGAGAAGUUUCGCAAAGAGCAAAUAGGAGCAGCAAAAGAUGGGAAGAAGAAGUUUGACAAGGAAAGUGAGAAAUAUUAUUCCAUCCUAGAGAAGCACUUAAAUUUAUCAGCAAAGAAGAAGGAAUCUCAUUUGCAAGAUGCAGAUACACAGAUUGACAGAGAACAUCAAAACUUUUAUGAAGCAUCAUUAGAAUAUGUUUUUAAAAUUCAAGAAGUACAAGAGAAAAAGAAAUUUGAAUUUGUAGAACCUCUCUUGGCCUUUCUUCAAGGAUUAUUUACAUUUUACCAUGAAGGAUAUGAACUGGCUCAGGAGUUUGCACCAUACAAGCAGCAACUGCAGUUCAAUUUGCAGAACACCCGGAAUAACUUUGAAAGCACUAGGCAGGAAGUGGAGAGACUCAUGCAGAGAAUGAAAUCAGCCAACCAGGAUUACAGACCACCAAGUCAAUGGACAAUGGAAGGCUAUCUGUAUGUGCAGGAGAAACGACCUCUUGGAUUUACAUGGGUAAAACAUUACUGCACUUACGAUAAAGGAACAAAAACAUUUACAAUGAGUAUAGCUGAAACAAAAUCUGGUGGAAAAGUGAAUGGCCUCGUUACAAGCUCACCAGAAAUAUUCAAGCUAAAAUCUUGCAUCAGGAGAAAGACAGAUUCAAUUGACAAACGUUUCUGUUUCGAUAUUGAAGUAUUUGAGAGACCUGGAAUCAUCACACUGCAGGCUUUUUCGGAAUCUAACCGAAAACUUUGGCUCGAAGCUAUGGAUGGAAAGGAACCAAUCUACACCCUGCCAGCCAUUAUUAGCAAGAAGGAAGAAAUGUUCUUAAAUGAAGCAGGUUUCAACUUUGUGAGGAAAUGCAUUCAUGCUGUAGAAACAAGAGGUAUUACAAUCCUGGGGCUGUACAGAAUAGGUGGUGUAAACUCCAAGGUGCAAAAGCUGAUGAACACCAUAUUUUCCCCUAAAUCUCCCCCUGAUAUGGAUAUUGAUAUGGAACUUUGGGACAAUAAAACAAUAACCAGUGGACUAAAAAACUACCUCAGGUGUCUUUCAGAACCACUGAUGACUUUCAAGCUGCACAAAGAUUUCAUUGUUGCUGUUAAGUCAGAUGAUCAGAACUACAGAGUUGAGGCAGUGCAUGCACUUGUGCAUAAGUUACCAGAGAAGAACAGAGAGAUGCUGGACAUCCUUAUCAAGCACUUGGUCAAGGUAUCAUUACACAGUCAGCAAAAUCUAAUGACUGUAUCCAACCUUGGUGUUAUCUUUGGACCAACUCUGAUGAGAGCCCAAGAAGAAACCGUGGCUGCUAUGAUGAACAUUAAGUUUCAGAAUAUCGUCGUUGAAAUUCUGAUAGAGCAUUAUGAAAAGAUAUUUCACACUGCACCAGACCCAAAUAUUCCUCUACCCCAACCUCAGUCCCGAUCGAGUUCAAGAAGGACAAGAGCAAUUUGUCUCUCCACAGGUCCACGUAAACCUAAAGGAAGAUAUACACCGUGUCUUGCAGAUCCUGACAGUGACUCCUACAGCAGUAGCCCAGACAGCACUCCCAUGGGCAGCAUUGAAUCUCUCUCUUCCCACUCCUCUGAGCAGAACAGCACCACCAAAUGCACACCCUCGCAGCCCAGGGAGAAAUCAGGAGGGAUUCCAUGGAUUGCCUCUCCUGCUUCUUCUAAUGGCCAGAAGAGUUCAGGCCUCUGGACUACAAGUCCAGAAUCCUCAUCAAAGGAGGAUGCAACCAAAACAGAUGUGGAGUCAGACUGCCAAAGUAUAGCUUCUGUCACUGGACCAGAGAAUGCCUCUCCACCAACAGACCUGACCAAAAAGAGUUCUUGCAGUCUCUCUGGGCUGAAAAGGUCUUCAGCAUCUUCCCUUAGAUCAAUUCCAUCAGCUGAAGGUAACAAAAGCUGCAGUGGAUCUGUACAGAGUUUAUCUUCAGCAGAUACCAAAGAUACACCAAAGUCUCUACCAAACCCUGAUUUGCCUCCCAAAGUGUGCAGGAGAGCAAGGUUAGAUACUGCAUCAAGUAAUGGCUAUCAAAGACCAGGAUCUGUAGUGGCUGCAAGAGCACAGUUGUUUGAAAGUGCUGGUUCACUUAAGCAGGUUUCUUCAGGACGACAAGCAAAAGCCAUGUAUUCCUGCAAGGCUGAACAUAGUCAUGAGCUGUCUUUCCCACAGGGGGCAAUAUUUUCUAAUGUGUAUCCAUCAGUGGAACCAGGCUGGUUAAAAGCAACUUACGAAGGCAAAACAGGGCUCGUUCCUGAGAAUUAUGUUGUCUUCCUCUAGUAAUCUUUAGUGGACAGCAAUAUCUUCAUGGUAUCCAUGGUAACAAAUAAUAAGCACUAUGAUUUUUAUCUGACACAGAUAUGGGAUCAGCCUGUUAGCUGAGUGGUAGAUUUCCUUCAGAACAAUGCAGCUGCAAGUUACACAGCUCCCUAUCAACGGAACAGAAUGUAAUGAAACAGUUAACAGUUUCUGUACUGAAGACGGUACUCUGUUUAAAUAACUUCCAUUGUUUGCAAAAGGUUGUUCUGUUCUUCUUUUAUGGGUAAGGAGCCCUAGAGCAAUAAAAUCAAAAAAGUUGCUAUUUAGCGGCAGACUUUCAGGUCCUAGGAUGUUGCUCACAGGAGCGUGAAAUUUAGAGGCGAUGCACUCGGUGACAUUUCUUGCAAUCUGUGGGGUUUUAUUAUGGAAAAUUGUAUUUUUUUUCCAUAAUGUAAGUAAUGCUUCUAUUGUGAUCAGAAUUCUCUCUUAGAAAACUUAAUUCUAAAAUAAGUCCUAACCAUUUCAAAUAAGAAAUGAGUUUUCCAUAAAUCAGAAGUUUGAGCUUCUGUUAGUCACUGAGAUUACAAUAAGGCAUAGAAUUUAUACAACUGAUAAUAAAAUCAGUUUAUACACUGCCUGAGCAGAAAUGCUCAUUCAAAAUG